AUGGUUUAUAGAAGAAAUUCUGAAAAAAUAUCCUCCAAUAUUCGAUCGUGCACCUUUAUGUUGGGUGAGAGCAUGUGAGUAUGGUAGAUAUGAAACACUUAAAUCAUUCAUCACAAAUUAUCCAAGAGAUUUUAGAGAACUAUGCAUACAAGUGGAGGACUCACCUUUACAUCAUAUCAACAGACUUCGAAGUUUAAAAGAGUAUGAAUCAUUUCUUAACAUAUCAGACAUGAAAGGUCUUAUCAACCUUCAAGAUUCUGAAAAGAAUACACCUUUGCACAAAGCUAUAGAGAAACAUAACAUACAUUUGACAGAAGCAUUACUUGGCCUGGAAAAAAUAAACUACACCAUCGAAAAUAAGGAGGGGAAAACAGCCAUGGAUAUGUUGGCCGAAAAAUGCAAUGGUGGUGAUCUUAUAAUUAGAUGGGAUGCUAUGUGCCAAAGGAUCGGAAUCAAUCCAAGGAUAAAUACAUCAUUCUUUCAGCAACGCACUGAUUUACUAGAAGUGCGAAAUUCGCUUUUUGUGGUGGCGGCUUUGAUAGCUACCAUUACAUUCGCUGCUGGAUUUACUCUCCCUGGUGGAUUGAAUCAAGACAAUGGAGAAGCAAUGAUGGCGACGAAGGCGGCUUUCUUAGUGUUUUUGAUGGCUAAUACACUAGGCAUGUGUACUUCCACAUUGGUGUUGAUAUGCCUUAUAUGGUCCUUAGUCCAUGAUAAGUCUUCCGAGGUUCCGCUGCUAUUAAUCGAAAAAAGCAUGUAUUUACUCAUGGUAGCAAUUUGCUCCACCUUAUUGGCUUUUAUGACUGGAGUGUUUGUUACUAUAUCCCCACAGAACUUAUGGCCAACCAUUGUUGUUAUCAUCAUGUGCUCUCUCAUUGGAAUUUUGGUUGAAAGGAAUCUAUUGCAAAAAGUCUUAAGGAUUCGUCCAACAAAACGAGUGAUGGAGCACCAACAACAGAGGAUCUUUUGGGGUGUAUCGAUUUUGAAUGCUUGCUCAGCCUUCGUAAAAAAACUUCAAUUCCAACGGAAAAGGAAGAAUGAAGAACGUGAGGAGACUUCGAGCCUUGUCUGAAACAUAAACGUGAGCAAACUAACAUAAAAUGGAGAUGUCGGUAAUAUUAUAUCCGCGGCUGAGAUGGUUUGUAAAGGUCUCAUUAUACUUUUUUUUUUCUUAAACAAGUGUUAUACUGUUACAUUGUUAGUUUAACAUUAUUUA